GCUCAUUUUGUUUGUGUCACUUCCGGUGAGCCGACCAGUGACCACAGCAACAUGGCCUUGAACGGCACUGAAGUGGACGAUUUCGCCUGGGAGCCUCCGACUGAAGCUGAGACGAAGGUGCUCCAGGCGCGACGGGAGCGGCAGGAUCGCAUCUCUCGUCUCAUGGGCGACUACCUGCUCCGCGGUUACCGCAUGCUGGGCGACACGUGCGCGGACUGCGGGACGAUCCUCCUCCAAGAUAAGCAGCGGAAAAUCUACUGCGUGGCUUGUCAGGAGCUCGACUCAGACGUGGAUAAAGAUAAUCCGGCUCUGAACGCACAGGCCGCCCUCUCUCAAGUUCGGGAACACCAGCUCGCCUCUGCUACAGAGCCUGCCACGGGCUCUUGGCCCACACCCCUGCCCCCAGUACCCCGCCCAGAGCAUUGCGAGGGAGCUGCCGCAGGGCUCAAGGCGGCCCAGGGGCCUCCCCUUUCUGCUGCAUCUCCAAAUGCAGAUGUGGUGGCCUCCACACAGACAGCCCUCCUGCAGAAGCUAACCUGGGCCUCGGCUGAGCUGGGCUCCAGUGCGUCCUUGGAGACCAGCAUCCAGCUGUGUGGGCUUAUCCGGGCUUGUGCUGAGGCCCUAGCCAGCCUGAAGCAGCUGCAGCACUGAAACCUCUCCUCCAACCCCUUGUGUCCCUGAGAAAAACCCUCUAGAAAA